CUGCCUUGGAACCGAAACGAACUGUGGGGAUUGUGAAUACCCCCGUUCAGUUGCAGCUAUUAUAUUCUUUUGGAGUCAACUCCUUUCCGUAGUCGUUCAGCAGAACGUCUUUUCAGACUGUUUGAACCGAUUGGUGUUGUGUUUUAUCUGUGUGAAUCAUAGUUGCCAAUUUAUUAGACGAAUAAUCGCUUGCUACACUGUGUUGUCUGCUAGCAAGACUCACUGGACUUGCAAAGCCAGAGGAACAGCUGAUGGCAGUCGAUCUCAAUUUGUGACACUUUUGUCAAAGACCCGUUUGUUAGCGUUUUCUUUGAUUUAUUCGCCAUAGCUUUAAAUUUAGAUGCUUCUCUGUGGACAAAGCAGCUAGAGAAUUUUGUUUGGACACGCCCUUUUUGCUUUUGUUUCACAACAGGAGUGAGUGUCGUGUAGAGCUGUUUGUUUUAGAUUUGGACAAUUCAGUUGUGACAAGCUUUGUUUUCACCCUUGCCAGGCCAACGUCGCCGACGAGGUUAAAAUUGUCUGAGAUCGACUAAGUUCAAAGAUACAUCUAUAUAUUUAGAUCUAGACCUAGUAAUAUAGGAUCUAAAUCUGCCCAACUGUUAUCAUUUAGGCCUACUUUACCGGGCCUCGCCUCUCCUAGAUUUAAAACACGGGCGACAGGGCCUUCGUUUUUUAAAGUUAAAGGUUUUUAGAUCACAACUCACACCAGCAUCAGCAAAUUGAAGUGUUUGGAUUUACAUAACCAACUGAGGGCGUGAAUUCCUUUUGAUCCCUUGUUGCUGUACGGCAAAAGGAAAUCUGUUGGAAGACUUUCAUCAUGGGCACUCGGCUUAUACCAAGUGACAAAAUUAACCUGCGACUGAUCCUCGUGAGCGGCAAGACACACGAGUUCCUGUUCUCUCCCUCCGACUCGGCUGUGGACAUUGCCGAGCAUGUGUACAACCACUGGCCCGAAGACUGGGCUGAGGAACCUUUGCCGCCAACCAAUAUACUCAGACUUAUCUACCAAGGCAGAUUUUUGCAUGGCAAUGUUACCUUAACAGCCCUGCAGCUGCCCACUGGAAAAACUACUGUGAUGCAUCUUGUGGCCAGAGAGAAUCUGCCAGAGCCAAACAAUCAAGGUCAACUGAAGAAAGACAAGAGUGGCGAGUCGGGCUGCAGCAACUGCUGUGUGGUACUCUAGUAGCAGGCCUGACAUCCCCACCCUCCCACCCACCCCCCACA